AUUUAGUGUGGUGAGACCGUUACAUUAUGGGGCCUCAUCCUGGGGAGCUAGAUACGCCAAACGAGUGCCCCGGGCCGACGUUGUUGUUCAAUACAAUAAUGGUGCCGGUGUUCCGAAAUGCCUCGGACAAAUAUAUGAUUCUGAAGCAACAGCAAGGCCUGAUAAAUCAUCCCUGCCAUCGUACUUAUUUCAAUCAUUUAACACUGCAAGCACCGAAACAGGAACCUAGCUACUUGGUAUUCUAGGCCCUUUUCCCAGCAUUUUGGUUCGCGACACCUUGUGACUUACAUUGUCCACUACCCCUUCCAAUAUCCAUAAACUUUAUUUCGACGCCAGUGACAUUUGAUCCUUCAUGAACGGGACUGUGGCAUGUUCACCAACGAUGGAAAUAUUCCACCUAGAUCCAGAUACAGAAGCACAUAAAUCGCUAAUCGAUUGCGAAAUCCAAUAUGAUUCUGACCACUCCACAGCGGUUCUAUCAGGCUCGAAUAUGGUUCACCCGAAUGUUCGCCACUCUCAACGCGACUUAAAAGGUAUAUUCAUGACAAUUGCCAAAAGUCACUGGACCCCCAUCUUCAUUACACUGGUUCUCAUGUUAGGAAACACCAUCUUCGAACUAAUGCAUGUGGCCAAUCCCGAUAAGCUCACCAUGGCGCUAUGGUACUUUUUUAUGUUUGUUUACAUGGUCUUAAUGCAGUGGGCUGGUGUCAUCACCUUCCCACCAAGUCGUUAAACGCUCCUCGAUGCGCGUCAGUGAGACAUCACUUUACAAAGAAACCAACAUUUGGAAAUGAAUCAACUAUGGCACUGUUGGACCGGUUGUGUCCGACUAGAACAUGUGUAUGAAGGAAGCCAUGUAGAAGGAUAAAGUAUAACCUAUGCCACGGAGCUGAAUAACAGUCCGUAUCUGCUCAAAUGCGCAUGAACGAGUUUUCACAGUGUCCGAGAUUAGGCAAGGGAAUGAAGAUAGGAUGUACUUGAAGCUUUGACCAAAAAUUAUCUUUUAAU